CACCAAUUUAGAUCUGAAAAGAGAAAUAUACCCCGGACAGAGCACAGCUGCUCGUUGAGUUGUCGUGGAGUAAAAUGCGGGGAAAUCGCCGAAAACCCCCCGUUCGUCAACAUCGGCGAUGCCCUUCUUUAAAGAGAAUUACAAGCGAUUCCACAGCCUUAAUCUGUGUAUAAUACUACGAUGCCACCAAGACACAAUCCCUGUGAGAAUUGUCGAAGACAUCAUGUCAAAUGCGAUAAUAGCAGCCCUAGAUGCGCUCGAUGCGAGAAAUUUGGGAGGGAGUGUAUUCGUAUUAAUCGAAGGGCGAGGUUUCGCCAUGGCUCAAGCUCAACUGUGAGAUAUAUCAACGAGACGUCCAAGUUCACUGGGACUUCAACGGAUCCUUCUGCCCGGCCAAGUCGUGUCUCAAAUGACAGCCCACGUCUUACUCCAUCUCUUUCUCAAUCUACAUCACCGGACACAGACCUCAAGCCAAGCCACACACCUUGGUCCCAGAUCGGCCCUAGAGAAGCAUGUCUUCUUCGUUACUUUAUCGAAGAGCUAGCAAGAUGGUUCGACAUCUGCGAUCCCUCUAACCGCUUCACAAGCACCAUCCCCCAACGAGCACGCAAAUGUCUCACUCUCCGGCAUGCAAUUCUAGCUGCAUCAGCGAGACAUUUCAGCACCCUGCCUACAUCUCGACAGACAGCUACCCUAAGCAAAUACAACAUGAAGCAUGACAUAACGAUCAACGAAGAAGCGGUGCUAUACUACCACAACCAAUGCAUCACAGAUCUCCGCUUCUCAGCUGCUCAACCAGACUCGUCCAUGAACGAGAAUCUGCUCGCGGCAGUGGUUAUCCUGAGAUUUUAUGAGGAGCUUGACAAUCCCUUCGUAACCCUCCCAACCGAAACCGCCGCUCGCGGACUACACGUCUUCAUUGAAGCACAAGCGCAAACCGCUUUCACUCUUGCUCCUACCUCCAACCCUCAUACCAAUGGCACUCUCCGACAAGCAGUAUUCUGGACGGGCUUCCGGCAGGAAUUCCACAUGGCGUUUUCACAGCAACGACCCUUUCGCCUCCCUUUAUCCCUCUCCGUUACACAGGGUCAUCUGGUCUGGACUCCUGCGUCAGAUGCAGCUUGGACGAAUCGUCUGCUUAUUAUUGGAGCACGGGUGAUUCAGUAUUGCUUUGAUGAUACAUUCCCCGGAUACGGGGGUGUAGCAGGAUAUCACGAGCUAUUGUCACUACGGGAGAAAUGGGUCCGUUCGAGACCGGUGUCAUUUUCACCGGUGUACGUUCAAAAACCCCGUUCGGGAGAGCCAACAUUCUUCCCAGUAAUAUGGUAUCUAGAUGAUUGCCACAUCGUCGCAGCCCAAAGCCUCAGCCUUCUCGAUAUCCUCUUCGCUACGUAUUCACCAUACAUUCCUCGCAUAGGACCUACGCUACACCUAGAAAUGGAGAAUGUCAAUGAGAAGUUGAGAGCUGCUGUGUUGGAAAUUUGUGGGAUUGCAGUUUCGAAUAAACAAUCUGCGCCGGCGCUGACGACAGCUUGUAUUGCGGUUAGUAUUUGCGCGGAGAGGUUUGUUGGUUGCCAUGAGUUGCAGAGGACGUUGAUGGAUGUGAUUGUUGAUAUGGGCAGGGAAUUGAAUUAUUGGCCGGCGAGGGUUGUGCGGGAUAGGUUGGAGGUGGUUUGGGGUAAAUUGACCUAGUUUUCUAAUUGAAGCUUUCUACAGGCU